GGCAUUGCUGAGAUGGGGGCUCUGAUGGAGGGCAGGAGAAGGAGCCACACCACCAGGCUGUGGGAUAGAGGGGCCAAAGGGCAUUGGAGUCAGCAAGUGAACAGUGUCCUCUGAUUGUGGCCUGCAACAAAAGCAGAGAAAGCAGCGGUGUGGAUUUAGAAUCAGGGAUGGAUCUCGAACUCCUGGGCUCAAGCGAUCCUCCCACCUUGGCCUCUCAAGUAGCUGGGACCACAUUUGCUCACCAGCUGGCCCAAGACCAGACUGGGCAACAUGGGUCAUCCUCCUCUAAGAUUCCAGGACCAUGAUCAUCCCUCUAUUGCUGCUUCUUAGGUCAGCUUGUAAUGUCCAUCUCCCCCACCAGACUGUGUCUCCAGCAUCUCUGAGUCCCCAGGGCCUGGCCUGGGGCUUGCUACAUAAUGCAAAACCGUGACUGCUCGGGAAAAAACGAGUGGCUUUGCGACGACGAAAUCCCAGGACGCCACCGGGCCACGUGCGGCGGCGCAUCUGGCCCCUCGCGAUCCCACCCGCGCACGCUCCCUCCCGCGCUCCCUCCCAGCCGCCGCCGCGCCGGGUCCACGUGUGUGUGUCUGUGUGCGGAAUGGGGACGGGGGCGGCGCCGCCGGAGGGGUGGGGUCCCGGUAAACGUCACGGGCGGUGCGGCCCAAUCAGCGGCGGGCUCGCGGCCCCGGCGCUGGUAUUGGGGCAGCGAGGGGGCAGUUCUCUAUAACGCGGUCUCCGGGAGCCAGCGGGGAAGAAAGAAACCGAGCGGGCGGAAGGCGCCCUCCCCGCCGCCUGGGCCCGGGCACCGGGUGCCGGGCCCGGGGUCCUUCCCGCCUCCCGCGGCCGCCGGCCGCUUUGUUUCCCCUGCCUCUGCUCUUCGGGCGACUCGAGAGGGUCUCCCGCCGGGGCUACGAAGGGGACGCGGCGGCAGAAGGGCGGCCGACCCCGCCGGGACUCACAGGGACCCAGGAGUCCGGCCGCCGGGAGGGCCGCGUGAGGAGAGCGAAGAGGGAGCCCGAGCUCUGCGGCCCCGGGUGCCGGGCCGGGGGCGCCCGUGA